CACACUCACACAUUGUUCUGGGUCCAGCUGUGCCUUGUUCUGUGGGCUGAGAUGACGACAGAAACGGAGUGUGGGGGUGGACAGAGAGGGAGAGAGACAGAGUGGCUAAUUGAUUCAGAGCAGAAUGUUCAUUCUGGGUUAGCAUCUCACUGUGCCAGUGUGUGAAGCCUGAGGUACUGGAACCUCUUUAUAGACCUUCCACUGAAAAUCCAAUAUCCCAACAUGCAGUGGUGCAAGUGGGCUGGGAGCUGGAGGUCACAUUUGCCAAGACAGUCUGCUGAGCCAGAGGUCGAGGACUCCUUUGACUUUCUUUUUAAAAUCAUCCUGGUCGGGGACUCUGAUGUUGGAAAGACCUGCAUGGUGCAGAGGUUCAAGUCGGGUAUAUUCAUUGAGAAGCAGCAGAACACCAUCGGCGUUGAUUUCACUGUUCGAACCCUGGACAUUGAUGGGAAGAAGGUGAAGAUGCAGGUGUGGGACACUGCAGGACAGGAGCGUUUCCGCACCAUAACACAGAGUUACUACCGCAGUGCGCAUGGAGCCAUGGUGGCCUACGACAUCAGCCGCCGCAGCACAUUUGAAUCUGUUUCCCACUGGAUCAGGGAGGUAGAGCAGUACGGAGCCGCCAGCGUGGUAGUGAUUCUUGUUGGUAAUAAGUCGGAUCUCCAUGCUAAGAGACAGGUGCUGUUUGAGGAUGCAUGCACCCUAGCUGAAAAGAACAGCCUGCUGGCUGCUCUGGAGACAUCAGCUAAGGAGGCCCAGAACAUAGACGCCGCCUUCAUCCUCAUGGCUCGGGAGCUGCUGGCCCGCAACGGCAUGACCAUCGCAGAUCAGAACUCUCAUUGCUCUCCGCAGUUCAUGCUAAGCGAUUGCUCACAUCCAAUUCAAGGCAACGUUUCAGACAAUAAAAAGUGUGGGUGCUGAAAAGACAAUCAGAUUUAGCAUUUGAUACAAAGCUGAAGGGCCUAAUGAUAGUUUGUAGUUUCUUUGAAGACAAUGUUUGCAAGUUCGGUUUUAGAUGUUUUUUUUUGUACAUAUUCUUGUCAUAGUAUUUAUAAAUCUUAAUGGAAUCUGUAACUAAGGUUUGAAAUAUUCCUCUUGGGGAUAAACUGCUGCAAAAUGUAAUGAGUCGUGCCUUUGCUGCAGGAAUCUAUACAAACGUUUUUCAACAGUAAACACCAUUUUCAGCCUA